CCUGUCCGCUCCGGCACGGCUCGGCUCAGCUCCGCAGACUCUCAGCGCUACAGAGGGAGGAAGAGGAGGCGGAGAGCCGCAUCAGCACCGCCGCUGCGUCCAUAACACACCAUCCGUGCGUCAACACACAGCUGCCAGCGUUUCCUCUCCGGUCCGGUUGGAUUAAACUGUGGCUUGUGCUGCAGCUGAGGGAGGUAGAGCAGAGCCGGUGGAGCCACUGCAGCAGGAAGGUCAGGAGCCGAGGAUUGAGUCAGCGGAGACGGGGAGGUGCAGGGACCCGUCCGAGCACCGGGACCCCGCCCGGCCGCUGCUCUGGAGCUCAGCAACGGUCACAGCUGUCAGCCAGGGCCUCUGACCAGGGUCUCCCUUCACCAAAGGCCCCAGCAAUGGGUGUGAUCCCUCACUGGCUUCUCACCACUCAGCACAUGGAGUUUGGUUUGUAGAGAUGCCACAGAGGGACAGGAGGGAAGACCCGUCUGGUGAAGAGUGAAUGAAAAAAAGGACGGAGUAAAGAAAAGCACACGGACAACAAGAGGCAAAGAGGGAGAGAAACAAUUCCAAGGAGGGAGGGGACGAUGUGCAGAGCUCCAUGAAAGAGGAGAGACGGAGCUGAGAAUUGAUAGAAACAGGAAGGGAGGGGAAAAACAAAAACACACACAAAGUCCUGGAAGAGACAGACGGGACUGAAAGUGAAAGAGAGGAAGCCACACAGGACAAAGACGCUCUGAGCUUUGAGGAGGUAGGAAGGGAAAGCGAGGGACUGGUUGAGGGAGGGAAGAAACAUCUGGAUGGUCUCCACAGCGACGGCCAGCAGGUUACCCCCCCUCCGAAGAUGGCCUCCAACUUCAACGACAUCGUCAAGCAGGGCUAUGUACGCAUGCGCAGCCGCAAGCUGGGGAUCUAUCGGCGUUGCUGGCUGGUGUUCAAGAAGUCAUCCAGCAAAGGACCUCGACGUCUGGAGAAAUACCCUGAUGAGAAGUCUGCCUACAUCAGAGCCUUUCCUAAGGUGACAGAGAUUAGCAACGUCAAGAAUGUCACGCGGUUGCCUCGCGAUACCAAGAGACAGGCAGUGGCCAUUGUGUUUACAGACGACACCUCGCGCACCUUCACCUGUGAAUCAGAGCUGGAGGCAGAGGACUGGUUUAAGACGCUGUCGAUUGAGUGUCUUGGCACACGGCUCAACGACAUCAGCAUGGGAGAGCCCGACCUCCUGGCUGCAGGAGUACAGUGUGAACACACAGAGCGCUUCAACGUGUUCCUCCUCCCCUGUCCCAACCUGGACAUCUACGGCGAGUGCAUGAUGCAGAUCACCCACGAGAACAUUUACCUGUGGGACAUUCACAACCCACGCACCAAGCUGGUCACCUGGCCGCUGUGCUCCCUGCGGCGCUACGGACGUGAUGCUACUCGCUUCACUUUCGAGGCCGGACGGAUGUGUGACAGCGGCGAAGGCCUCUACACCUUCCAGACCAGAGAGGGAGAGCAGAUCUACCAGAGGGUUCACUCCUCUACGCUGGCGAUCGCAGAGCAGCACAAGAAGGUCCUGCUGGAGAUGGAGAAGAACAGCAGGUUGAUGUCUAUGGGUUCAGAGCCUGGAUCCUACCCCUGCACCCCCACCGCCAUCCUGCCCCGAUCUGCCUACUGGCACCACAUCACUGGAAACCAGACCGGCAUGGAUCCUUGCAGUGGUGAUGCUUCAGACGAUGACCUGCUGUCCACCCGCCUGCCUCCCGACCGCCCAGCCACGCUGCCCCUGGCAAACACACACGCACAGUCCCAGCCGCACAUACACAAACACUCCCCGACACACUACCCCACCUACCCCGGACAGUGACACAAACACUCAGACUAUGUGGACAUUUGAAAAGAUGCAGACAGAGACACACGCAUAUCCACAUGCAUGCAGGCACACAGAGCUCACACACACUGAAAGAGACACACACUGUCCCUGCUUACAUUAGUUUUACAGCCCAACGUUACACCUCACAGGAGAAGGGCGGGACUAACACUGGCCCACAGACCAUGCUGAAUGCAGAAAGCAGGAAGUGAAACUAAAUUCAGCAGAAGACUGCGAGGAGAUUGAGCUUCCUUACAUGACUGCAGCUCCUACACUUCCACAGUAGAUGGGGGAUAUUUGACGUUUUUCCACACUCAGGGUGAGAAACUCUGGCAGACUGGCAUCUAUCAGAGGCUCUCAGUCCGCUUUAAACAACCUAAGUUGAAUUAUAUGUCUAACCAGGUCUAAGUGUUUCCAUCUGUUCUUAAUGUCCACUCUCAAAGGCAGGGUGAAAAGCCGAUAAGAAUAAUUUAUAGGGAUUAUUUUUUAACUGAAUUUAACCUACAGGUUUUUAUUGAAAUUCUGAUUUAAAUAGUAAAUCACUGUCAGUGUGAGAUACAGCUGAUGGCAUAUUUUACAACAUUGUGAAGUGAAACAACACUUUGCUUUUGUUAGCCAAUGCUGAUCACAAACCUAUCUUGUCACCAAGCUGCCCAGAUAGAUUUGAUAUAUUUUUAGUAAGUAAUCUGUGAUUUAGUUCAAACUACAGUAGGACUAGAAAUACUGGCUCUGAUGAGUUUCUCACCCUCUGAGUGACACAAUUUCCAAAUGGCUGCCAUGGGAUUGACGUCAAUAAAGCCCAGGGUGUUUCACUGAAUACUGCGUGGACGGGGACUGCAUGGUGCCUUAAUAGCACCACAUGGACUGUGCUAUCAUCGGAAAUAUACUGACAUCUUGGAUUCCCUGGUGGAAAGUUCCCAGCGUGCCAGUGCCAGCUGACACACUUGUCUGAAGAACACUUGAUCAUUUCACUGUACAUCCGCAUCUGGAUCAAUGCCUUUGAUUUCGCUGAUAACUGACUUUGCAGUUACUGGAUCUGUUUGCUGUGCAGAGGUUCUGAACCGUGGAAUGAAACUGUGAUUGGAUUCAUUUUUAUGGAUUGGCUCCUGUACUGAACUGGAUAUUCACCCUUAGAGCUGCGGACUUUCUUAGGGAUGUAUCCUAUUCCACCUCCUAGUAGCCACAUGCUUUUAUUGAGCUAUAUUUGCACAGCCCUGUUUUUUUCUUAGGUUAUUUAAGGGUUAGAUGUCAAAGAGGGAAUUACAGUGUAGAGGUCAACAGAUAUAUGAUGAUACAUUUGGACUGAUUCUGCCAUUAACUGAUAUUCAGUGUCUUUACAUAUGACCCCUUGAAUGCCAGAUGCUCUUUUUUCCUUAAUUUAUUUCUUACAAGAGCGACAAAACCCUUAACACUGAAAUGGGAAACACAUUGGCGUUCAUAGAUUCUGUAAUGGUCAGGGGCAUCUCUUCCUCCCACAAGGCCGGGGCUCAUUUCUGCACUAACGUCACACCUGAGUGGAAGCUGAACUAGAGGAGCAUCAGGGGGAAGGGGAACAUGGGGGAACUUGGGCUGCCGACAGGGGCUCUUCUGGUGCCUCACUUUUCCGACAUGAUAGGUGACAUCAGGUCAAAAAUGAAUCAUGGAACAUGGAAUCAUCCCACUGAGCUACAGGCACAUCAUGGUUAAAUAUUACCCAAGAGUCACACCAGAGCAGCACUUGAGCACAUCAUGGGAAAAUUAAGACCAACCUGAAGAGGGCACUUGGACCAACCAGAGCUAUUGAGCUAACCCAAGCCAUGCUUCCACCAAACACUUUUGGUAUAGUACCCCUAGAACCGAUACAUAACCCGUACAGACAUGUAGCUAAACUCUAGAUCUGACAGCACUCUUAAAUGGAGGCGUGGUUCUCCUCAUUACUGACGAUGCAGAGGUGUGUCUGCACCUGGUGGCAUAUCGACAUUUUCAUUAUUAAAUAGAAAAGGAUUUAGUGUUUAGUCUUUGUUGCAAUAAUGGCCGCAUUAUUUAGGUCGCCAUCAGUGAGUUGCUUAAAAAUAGUGGGUUUGUCCUUUGAGUCCUUGUCGAGCAAGAGUGAGGAUUGUCUCUGGACAAAUCAACAGAUUACAGUGUUUCCAUCCACAAGUUUUGACAAUAGAAACGCAAAAAUAACUGCUCUAAUGUGAACUGAACUGUUUGGUGGAAACAAGGCUCAAGGGGCACUUGGACCACUCUCGUACCCUAUGAUGUGACAACAAGGGAAAAACUAACUGUGGAAUAGAAAUCCAGAUGUUCUACCAGUGUAAUCAGCAGACGGGUAGUGUCACGGCUGGUUCUGUAAUGGUUUCCUCAGCUUCAUGUACAUGGCCUUUUUCAAACCUUUUGUUGCCUCCAUUCAGUCAGUCUGGGAGACAGAUGGUCUUUAGGGAUAAUUCUUUGUUUAUUAUUAUUUAUUGCAACAUGAAUCUCAUUUGCAGAGUUUUAGCCAUCAUUUAAAUAAUGAGAUCUGGGAACACAGCAACAUCGCUCAGAAGGAGGCGGACAGAGCAAGAAACACAAUAAGUCAGAGGAUUAGACAGGCCGUAAACAAACCUCCAGGUUAGCCCAAAUUAUUACAAAGAGAAAAUGAAGAUGCUCAUAUUGCACAUAUUGCCAGGUUCAGAUCACAUGUUUUUUUGUGUGUUACAAUGGUCGUGUCAGUUUAGACUGUUAGAGUCAUAAAUUCUUGACGUGACAGACUGCACCUUAAAUGUAAACGAGCCUCUAAAAUGAAAGAAAAAAAAUGACUGUGACUAUCUCUCUGUUUCACAGUUCCACCUCACGCCACCAAUAACAUCAUCCCUCUUUCUCCCAUGUUUACAGCUGUGCAAAAAAAAAUUGCAACAUGCUACUCUCUCUGUUGGGACAUAGUGUCAUCCACUAUGACACACCAGACAGGAUAAAAUGAUGGAUUGUCGGGCCCGACGCCCAUUUUCAUUCCUGACUCGAGCCGACACCCUGCGUCUGUUGGGUUGGGAUAUAAUGAUGUCGAUAUUGUGAAGUCUGAACCCAGCAUUAGAGACAGCAGAUGUCGACAGUCAGCAAUGAAUGGAAUAAAAUAAAAACAAAGUAAAUGUAGGUCUCAAAUGUGAAUAGGUGUCAGCCAGGUCAGGUGUGACAGAUGCAGGUGAAAUCUGAGUAAUGGCCCAGGCAGAACUCUUCUUUAGUUGUGCACACACAGUUUUCCUGUUGAAUCAGGAGCUAAUAACAACAUUCAUUUAUGUUGCCUCUCUUUCUGGUUUUGGCUAAACAUUUGGUUUGUUAACAACCUGUCUGAUCAUCUAAAUUUAAGUUUGUUUGAUUUGUAUUUUUGCUCUGUUGCCAAACUCGCCAUGUUCUGACAUCUCUAUUUUAGUAAAUACAAGAUUCAAGUUAAAAAUUUAAACAUUUCUGAAAGUACAAAAUUAAGACCCAAGUUAGUAAGAAACCAGAAUUGUCCUUCAGUAAUGUCCUCAUCCACAAGGGGGCGUAGCAUCAUUAGCAUCUUAAGGCUCAUUUAUACUCACUUUAGGUACAAAAAUAGACACGUCCAUUGUUGCAAAGGUAAUGCCCUCACACUUCCAUGUGUCUUUUAUGAUAGCAUAGAUACAGCCCAUAGAUGGCACUAGAGGGCAGACUCAAAAAUUUCACACAACAAAUGAGAUGACACUGGAGGAGGUUGUAAUUUCAUACCUUUAAACGGUGGUGGUCAUCGUGGAUGGAGAAUUCUUUUCACUGUAUUAUCAAUUAGUUCUUUUCCGCCAUUAUUUAAAUUUCUUUGUCGUCACCUGUGGUUGUAUGUUGUUUGAACUAUGCUACACUGCCUCCAAGAUCUCCAGUGGCACUGAUCUGUUUCGUCCACAUCUGUAAGCUUUCAGAAAACUUACAUAAAUACAGAUGAAAUGAGCACAGAGUACAGACAGCAGGCCCCCUCCAUCUCUUUAGUUGAGCAUAAAUGAGCCCUUAGAUGUUCAAACUCUUUCUAUGAUGCAUCUUUGAUCGACUCUGUUAGGGCUGUUUCAUUCCACGCAAAGGCACGCAGACGCAAGCGCAUUGGGACGCAUCGAGAUGCAUUGGCCGCCAUGAUGCGUGCUUGCGUCUCAAAAUGUGUUGUCCAUGUUUUUUGAUAUGCGAUGCAGCGACGCGUGUAAUACCACGCGUUGCCAGCAGGGUGAUAAUGCAAGCGACGUACUUGAAAAUAAGCACUUUUUGUUAUUCACAGAAGAAGCAGGUAUGAAAUAUGGCGGGCGAGGAGGAACAACUUUGCAAACUCCUACGGGCAAACCCCCGUUUAUGAUAAUUCUAGUGCCCUGCACUGUAAUAAAAUAGCAGUACUAGCUAACUGGAAUGUACCGGCGACUCUGCUACCCUCUAUUGUGCAAGCGAUGUAUUGCAUUUCAAGUGUCGCCCUCAUUACUUGAGUUCAAUGUGUUGACUAUGAAAGGAAGUGCGUUGCUCGCGUCGCUUGCUCGCGUUGCGUGCAUUGACUAUGAAACAGCCCUUACUGUCAAAGUGUAUCAUAAUUUGGGAGGACACUGACCUACAUCCACAUCUGACCCUUGUUUGUAUGGCUGAAACAUAUCUGCUUUCAUUUUCUUACGGCAUUCCAGCAUGAAUGAUUAUUCGGGUCAUGUAUUUUCAGUCUCACCAUCAUAACCUUAAACUUCACUUUUACCUGCCCCAAAGAUUUCUGUUAUGGAGGUUGUCAAAGGAGAAAGAAAAGAAAAGCAGAUCCUGUUUUCUUUCAUCAAGGCAGCUUGACUUUGCGACAGCCUGCCUUUGCCUUCUGUUACACUUCGGCUGACAAAGAACUUCGCUUUUCAUUUUGUUGGUACUUUAGAGGUGAGGUGGUGGUGGGAGGAAGUUGAUUAGCAUGCCAGGAAGGACGGGCUGCCAGAACAAGAGCGGUUGGAUUAUGUUUUCAUGGGAGAAAUCCUCUGAUUGCUGCCUUUUGAUUCUGUCAUAAGGGUUUAAGAUUGUUAAUAUGACAGCGGAGAUUUAACCACAGCAAUGUGACGUCCUGGAACACACCGACCACCUUUACACCAUCGUGAAAUGCCUCGUAUCUGGAUUGUGUCUAGAUCUGACUUAGCCCGAUUAAUGCUGGAAUCCUUAUACACCUUACAUUUCAUACUUCAUGGUUUUUAACAUGACAGGGCUAAGAGUUUUGUUGGUUGUUUACAUGAUGUAAGUUGUGUAUUGUGUGUAGAUGUGUUUUGUGUACUUGCAUACUGUGUAACUUGAGUUUUGUACAUAUUGCUAUUUAUUUCAUAUGGAGUGUGUGUGAGUGUGAUAGAGAGAGAGAGUGUGACACGAGGGAUUAUUGCAACGUGUGUUCAUUUAAAAUGCAGACACCACUUUUUUGUACCUUGUAAUGUUUGAACAAGCAGAUGACAGCAGGUCCACACUUUGUCGGUGUGGCUCCUCACACGUAAAUCUGCACCUGGGUGAACAACAAGAGCAUAUUUACCACUCUGUCCCCUCUCACAGCAUGAAUCUUUUUGGCCUUAGAUGAAUCACAGUCACAUCCUCUUUGUUCAUCCACACUGCUGUUUGUGUUUGUUUGUAAAGAAACUGUAGCGUCCUGCAGAGAGGUGUUUCAUGAAGGCAGCUCAGAAAAGCCUGUCAUGAGUGAGCUCAACAAACUGAACCAGGAUACAACUGUUUCAUAAAGGUUGAGUCAGAGCUGCUGAGGUCAGACUGAAACACAGGCCUAUAACAUCAAGCACAGAUCACAUCAGUAAAGGAAACAGGUAAAACCGAACUGUGAUGUUCACAGAAACAGAGCGGCACAUGUCAAACAGAAAACAGGAAGAAAAGUUGAGUUGAAUUAUGUUACAGUGUUUGGUUUCCACGUGACAUAUCAGCCUCUGUAUGGUGACAGUGUAGUUUUUAACACCCUCAGAUUGGCUGUCUGUCUCUCCAGUGAUUUGGAUGGUAGUAUUUAUGUGCAUCUGUUUCAUUUCUGUAAUUUACACAAGAUAAAAUGAUGAAAAUUUUCACUAAGGCGAAAAUUAUUACCUUUAAUUUAAUCAUUUGAAUCGCCUGAAGCAAAAGAAACCAGACCUGAGUCUCAGACUGAGAGCACAGCAGUGCUUCUAGUAUCAGAGUGCUGUGACACCCACAGUAACAAUGUUAACCUGUUAAUGUUGGACAGGUUUUGAUUUCCAUUUUUACCGUCUGCUAACAUUUGCAAAUAAGCACUAAACUCAAAGUACAGCUGAUUGAUUUAUGACCAAAUAUCUGCAAAUUUAUAACAGUAUGAGCAUAAAUGACCAAAUUUUAGUGCAACCCAUCCAAAAGCUGUCGAGACAUUUCACUCUGAACCACAAAUGUCAUCCUGCUGGUGGCAGUAGUGCAGCACAGUCACCAGAAUAAAUGCCUUUGCACCCUGAGUCUGCACUUUUGAAAUUUUGCAUCCAAAAGAAAUCGUUGCACACUGAUUCUGAUGUGUUUUAUCGCUGCAAAAUUUUGCAACAUGACACAAAAUGAAAAGACACAUUUCCUCCUUUGCCUCUCUCCACUGUAGUUACCUAUCUGACCGUCAUCCCUCCCUGUCUUACAUUUGACACAGCAGCUGCAUGAAGGGGCGGAGCUGUCCUCCGCAUUCUGUGUGUGGUCCACAUCCUCCUCUUCCUCAUCAUCCACCUGACUUGUUGAAAGUAGCCGUCUGAAUUAUGAAAAGAUUCUGUGCAUCCCAUUCCUCUGUCUUGUCCCAGCUGUGUCCCACUGCCUCAUUUUCCUCACUGAUUCUUGGUCAAACGUCUCUGAAGGCUCUGACGGAUGCAACAAAACAAAGCUGUUCCAAAACGACAGAUGAAAGUUUCGGACUUAGUGUGCAAACAUGAUUGACACAAUGUGAGGUUGUAUUUAUCUUUUUGAGACGUGCAAGAAUUUCAGACAAUUAAAAAAAACAGUCUGUGUGCAAAGACCUUUAAUGUUGGAAUUAUAUGUUUCCGCAAACCACAGUUAGGUUACAUUUGUACGUUAUUGUGCAGCAAAUAUGAUAAAACUUUAAUUUCUUUAUGUUUCAAAAACACUGGGAUUAACCUGUGGUUACGUUUAGGCACAAAAACCAUUUGAUUAUGGUUGGGAAAAGACAAUGUUGGCUAAUUGGCUGUUGGCUUAAUAGACCUACUUUUGGUGGCAAAAUCCCAGCAGGAAACACAGUAAUGUCUCUGUGUUUCUGUGGCACUCACCAAGAUGAAAAACGUGAUGAUGUCUUGGUAAAAUAUCACCACUUUCAUGGCACUAUCCUUGGUGAUAAAACAGCAGCUGGUCACAAACACACGUUUGGUGGCUAAAAGCUGCUAAAAUGCAGCGAUGACACCCUAAAAAAAGUCAGUUUUGUUGUGUGUUCUAGAAUGAUGGCCAUCUUACAGCCAUCAUGCUUAGCUGUCCCACCAUCCACCAUCUCCUCUGCAUCCCAAAGACGAAGUCAGCUCAUAUAGCUAUGAUCUGAUGCAUAUAAAACGUACAAAUGUAAAAUGGUUUGCAGCAACGUACAAUGCCAUCAUUUUCUUGUGGCGACCUGGCUGCACUAAAGAUCAUCACUGAAGUUAGUCAGGAACUAUGAAUAUCUGCAUCACAUUUUGUGCCAGUCCCUCAGUAGGCAGGUGAAAAUUUAACCUACUGGUGGUAUUAGAUAAAAAGUCAAAGGAUCACAACACUCUUUAGGAUUCAUCAUCUGGGAUCCAUGAAUGUCUGUACACAAUUCUGUAACAAUCCAUCCAAUGGUUGUCGAGAUAUUUCAGUCUGGACCAAAGUGGCGGACUGAUCAAACGUCUUCUGUGAGACAGACUUUCCUGGUUAAAACCCUGAUGUACUGAGGUCAGUCAGGCUUUACUGGUGAUGUUGCUUUGUCAAACACCCCUCUGGUUAUAUAAGUGACACAACAACGUGCUAAGUGGAAGAUGUGAUUGAUGGUAAUGGCUGUGGAACAGGAUGGAAACCUGCAGCGCCGACAGUUUCUCCUCCAGAGUAGUUUGAAAGCACCAGAUGGUUAUAGUCACUGUUUGUGAUUGUAGUGUCAUCACACACACUGACAGUGUCGGCUCUCAUCGAUGGCUGUGACCUCCCCUUAGCUUUGUGACAGAUGACAAAAUGUUGUUUUCACCCAUUUACACCGUCCACACUAAGUGCAUGUUUUGUAGAAAAAUAAAGUCCAUUACUUAACGA